UGGAAAAUGGCUGAUCCAAUCCACUUCACACUUGGCAGGUGAAUUUUUUCAUUCAUUUCAUUUGGACUGAAUGACCAAACAGACUCAUUACAGGGCUGUAACACAGCUUAAGCUUCAAACUUCAAACUUUAUUUGUCAGUAUACUUUUACAUACACCGAAAUUCUCUUCUGAAUCCUGAAUCACAAUCUAAUUAGAUGUUCCCACCCCUAAUACAUCAUCUUCAUUAUGGUAAUGAGACAGGGGUGAUAAAAAUCAAGAAUGUGUCCAGUGCCUUGGUCAUCACCCACCAACACUGAUGCCUCGACAAACUUGAGCUUUCAAAGGGUAAGGUGUUUUCAUCCAGAGAUCUAUUGCAAUUUUACAUUCGUGCAGGACAAAAUAUUUUAAAAUGAACGUAUUUUUCAUAUUUAUAUGAUUGUUACUUAUUGAAAGCAAACUGAUUUGCAGGAUCCCGGAAACAUGGCACCAGAAGUCAGCGUCAGCCAAACUUAUGCUGACUUACAUCCGUGUCAUAGGGGAGCAAAUGUGUCUGACAUACUGACAAGCCCUCCUUCCAUAGCAUGUAUUUUAUUAUACAUAUUCAUUGGCUCACUGGCUGUUGUCACAGUGUGUGGAAACAUUCUUGUCAUAAUCUCCAUCAUUUAUUUCAAACAGCUGCACACUCCUACAAACUCUCUCAUUCUCUCUCUGGCUGUGGCUGACCUGCUUGUUGGUGUUUUAGUUUUUCCUUUCAUCAUGGAAUACACUUUGAUCUUGAGGCUGUAUCAUAAUGAUUUAUCGCGUAAUAUAGAACACGGCAUUAAUACAUGUCUGAGCACAUGUUCCAUUUUGAAUUUAUGUUGUAUUUCCAUUGAUAGAUAUUAUGCAGUGUGUCAGCCUCUGACAUAUGCAACUAAAAUAAAUGUCUGUGUUGCUGUGAUCAUGAUCCUGGUGAGCUGGGGUGUUUCUGUUAUUGUUGCAAUUGGUUUUGCAAUUGCAGGAUUAAACCAGGAAAAAUGUGAAGAAAGGUGUUUAAUUGAUGCUCUAUAUGCAAACAUGUUAGGACUUAUUUUCUCAUUUUACCUCCCAGUGAUCGUAAUGCUCUGUAUCUAUCUGAAGAUCUUCCUUGUUGCACAGAGACAGGCUCGCAGCAUCCAGAGCAUAAAGUCUGGAGCAGCUGUCAGUAAGAUGGAGAGAAAGGCCACAAAAACACUUGCAAUCGUCAUGGGAGUUUUUCUGAUGUGUUGGUCUCCUUUCUUUCUCUGUUCUACCUCUGAGUUUUUGGGUCAUGUGUCAUUGAGUGUUGCUGUAUAUGAAGCUCUUUUCUGGCUUGCAUUGUCAAAUUCAAUGCUCAAUCCAUUUAUCUAUGCUUUCUUUUACAGCUGGUUCAGAUCAGCAUUCAGAAUGAUCAUUUCUGGAAAAAUAUUUCAAGGUGAUUUAACUAAUGCGAAACUGUUUUGAAAUAUUCUCUGGAGUACUGAAAUGGCCAUCUAAUGAGUCAUUGUUGAAAGAAAAUUCCCAUAAUAAAAGUUAAGCAUGUCUGUACCUGUGUUCCAUCUUUUGUUUGUUUUAAAUUAUACUCUAUAUAUUAACAUGUGCUUGUGUGUGUGUGUGUGUGUGUGUGUGUGUGAAUAGUUCACUACCACAGGGUUAAAGCUUCAGCCAGUGUACAUAACUGGGAGGUUGGGAUCUCUCCACGCAAAAACUGUGUAAACUGUCCCUUUAGUAUUUUGCUGAGACAACACCUGGUUCAGCAUUGGCAGCCACAAGUCCUGUAUCUUGUGGUGGCCUGUGCAGGUGUGCACAGAUCCAGUUGGUCCAUUGUACCAUUAAAAUCCUUGUCUUUGACUCCAAUCAGAAUGCCCACUGGCAAACCAUGACAAUUGAUCAGCAUUAGCAUUCUGCUUCUCAGGUUUAGCUCUGACACCUAUCUCUGCUCCAAUGCUUCAAACUUUGCUGUUGCCAGAUGACUCAGGAGCUUGUUAUUCAUAAAUACUGGGAUAUAGAUCAAUGGGUGUUUUUUAUUUUUUUAAACCUUUAACAAAUAUAAUGCUUGACUAUAACAUUGGGACUAUAAUGCUUGGUAUCUGUCUGAAGACACAAUAAAUAAAUGAAACACUAAAGAAGGAUAUUAUAAUAAGCUUUCAAUUUACAUUAUCAUGUAACUGGCUUAACCACACUAUGUGCAAAUGUACCUGUGUUCUAUGUGUGACUAUCUCAGCUUUACUGGCACUUCAUGAGUCUUACACAAAGUAAUACAUUCAAUACAAUAUGGACUAUCUUGAAGUUUAUUCAGAAUGUUUAUUCAGUACAUGUUUCAAUGCAUAGCAAAAAUAAUUUUGUAAUCAAAUGAAAUGUACUGAAUUAGAUCAGUGGGUGAUUUUUCAAAAACAUUAACAAACACUUGCAAUGAGUGCAAAUCCCACAGAAAGUAAUAAUAUAUUAUUAUAUUACUAUUUUCCAGUUUAGUGACUGUUAAUGUUUAUGGCUUAAUUGGUAACUGUUUCACUUG